AACCCUGUAGUACCCUGUUCGUUGACAUUGGAGGCUGAACGUGGACAGAAAUACUUCAGUGAGUCGCUAAUUUUAUGUGUAGUCAUACUCCAACUUAUAGAGCAGCAAGUAAAGGGAAGUCAAAGGAGUACUUCAAUCUUGACUCACGUAUCUGUACUUGUACAGGGCGUGAGUACUUUUGCCUCUGCUGCAUAAACAAGAUGAGACAAGAUGGGGGCCUCCAUCUCAACACCUGCUACUCCUACUGUUCGGGCAGAGGCAAUGAUUGCUACGCCUCCUCAAGGCUGUCCUAUGCACAAAGAAAAUCAGCCUGUUAAAGCGUCUCCGCCUUCGGAGUGUCCGAUGCACAAGGCAGAAGCAGGCCCAGUUCACCAGGAUCGGGCCUAUGAAUUUGUGGAGUGUCCCAUGAAAGCUGCAGCAAGCCUGAAUAAUGACAUCGACCCAGCAAAUAUGAUGCCUCCUCCGAACCAAGCGCCUGCUCCAGACCAGCCCUUCAAGUUAUCUCUCACCAGAGAAGAAUCUACAAUUCCCCGCCAUGGCACAGAAAAGCACUGGGUGUACCCUUCUGAACAGAUGUUCUGGAACGCCAUGCUGAGAAAGGGGUGGCGCUGGCGUGAUGACGAUCUUGCCGCUGAUGACAUGGGCAACAUAAUCAAAAUCCACAACAAGAACAAUGAACAAGCCUGGCAGGAGAUCCUGAAGUGGGAAGCCCUGCAUGCAGGUGAAUGUCCAUGUGGUCCAACAUUGAAGAGGUUCGGGGGUAAAGCCAAAGAGUACUCGCCGAGGGCUCGCUUCCGCCAUUGGAUGGGCUACGAGCUGCCCUUUGACCGUCACGACUGGAUCAUCGACCGCUGCGGAAAGGAGGUGCGCUACGUCAUCGACUAUUAUGACGGAGAGCUCAACAAAGACACGUACCAAUUCUCCACCCUGGAUGUACGCCCGGCCUUCGACUCUUUGGAUGCCGUAUGGGAUCGCAUGAAAGUGGCCUGGUGGCGCUGGACCUCCUGAAGAUGAACUACACAUACAGACACGCGCUUUUCUCAUUUCAUCUCUUUGCGGGUUUUGUGGUGCUGUGUGAAGAGAGUCUGCUUUUUGCAGUUAAUUGUGGCUUGUAAGAAACUUGAAUUAAGCCAAUUAUAUAACUUUGAGCUUGAUUUUUAGUCACUGUUGUAUUUUAACAGGAUAUUUUGCUUAAUUUAUGGAUUUUCUUUUAUUUUUUAUUUUUAUUUUUACAUAUUACCUCAAAAUGUCACAAAAAAAACUAUUACAUGAAUGGUUCUGCAAUAAAUAAAAAAAUUCAAGUAA